UUCUUUUUCCCCUCCUCCUCCUCCUGCCCAGCCCCAGCUUGAGAGAGGAGAGCAGCCGCAGCCGGGGCGGAGCGGAGCGGGGCAGCAGCUCCCCCCCCGCCGGCCGCCCCAGGCGCGGGGCGCUGCUGCUUGCAUUGUUCCCGCCCGGGAGGCGGAGGCAGGCGGGGGGUGGGGAGCUGAGCUGAGCCGAGCCGUCUGCCUGCCUCCCCGCUCCGGCUCGCGGCAACUUUCCCGCAGCAGCAGGAGCAGGAGCAGGAGGCGAGGCUCCGACCCCACGUGCAGCCAGGGAAGGGGCGACCCGAGCCCCCCAUGCGCUGAGGCGGCGGGAUGCCGGCGGCGGCGGGCGACGGGUUCCUGGGCGAGCCCCCGGCGGCGGCGGAGGAGCAGCAAUCCCGCCAGCAGCAGGCGGCGCCGGGCCCGGAGGGCAGCGGGACCGGCCCGGCCACCUGGGUCAGCGCGGCGGGCUGUAGGGAGCGGCUGCGCGACUUCCAGCACACCAAGCGCGUCGGCAACUACCUGAUCGGCAGGAAGCUGGGCGAGGGCUCCUUCGCCAAAGUGCGCGAGGGGCUGCACGUCCUCACCGGGGAGAAGGUGGCAGUGAAAGUCAUCGACAAGAAGAGAGCCAAGAAAGAUACCUACGUUACCAAGAACCUACGACGGGAAGGGCAGAUCCAGCAAAUGAUCCGCCACCCUAAUAUUGCUCAGUUGCUGGAUAUAUUAGAAACUGAAAACAGCUACUACCUUGUCAUGGAGUUGUGCCCUGGCGGCAAUUUAAUGCACAAGAUCUAUGAGAAAAAAAGACUGGAGGAACAUGAGGCACGCAAAUAUAUCAGGCAGCUUAUACUAGCAGUGGAGCAUCUUCAUCGGGCUGGGGUAGUUCACAGAGACUUGAAGAUAGAAAAUCUGUUGCUAGAUGAAGACAACAAUAUCAAGCUUAUUGACUUUGGCUUGAGCAACUGUGCAGGUAUCUUGGGUUACUCCGAUCCAUUCAGCACACAGUGUGGCAGCCCAGCAUAUGCAGCCCCAGAACUUCUUGCAAGAAAAAAAUAUGGUCCCAAAAUAGAUGUUUGGUCCAUUGGAGUGAAUAUGUAUGCAAUGUUGACUGGGACCUUACCAUUUACUGUGGAACCAUUCAGUCUGAGAGCUUUAUACCAGAAAAUGGUGGACAAAGAAAUGAAUCCCUUUCCUACCCAACUCUCCACAGCGGCCAUAAACUUCCUACGAUCUCUGCUAGAGCCAGAUCCUGCAAAGAGACCAAAUAUUCAUCAAGCUUUAGGCAGUCGUUGGCUUAAUGAGAAUUACCCUGGGAAAGCACCGCCUAAUGUCACAUAUCCAAACAGAAUUCACCUAGAGGAUCUCAGCCAAAGCGUGCUGCUCCACAUGACAGAAAAGCUUGGCUACAAGAACAGUGAUAUUAUCAACACUGUGCUCUCCAAUAGGGCAUGCCACACGCUUGCCAUCUACUUCCUCCUUAAUAAGAAGCUAGAGCGCUAUUUGACAAGCCUUCGAAAGUCUGAUGGCCAGGACAGUGUUUGCCAAAAGAACCAGCUAUACCAGAUAGAAAAAUACAAGGGAAACAAAGAUUCCUACGAGGACAAAAAGCUCAAAGAACAAGAAAAGAAAGGGGAGCUUCCUCAUCGUCCACUCCCAAAGAAACCAGACAAAAGUCCAACUUCUUACAGGCAGCCAUCUUCCUGUCUCAUCACACAGGUACAAAACACCAAGGCACUGUUGAAAGACCGAAAAACCCCCACCAAACCUGGCGCUCCAGAGAAAGAUUCCACUAAUGGAUUAAGUCCUUUCCAUGAAUCCGGUUCAGCCAAGAUAGGCUGUGUCACUUCCUGUUCUCUAGAAUAUCUUGAAAUCCAGCAACCUCUUCCACGAACCCCUAGACUCCUUAAGAGGCAUGAUUCUCCUCAGCAAGAGCCUACAAGAAUUGGAAAUCAGACAAAGGAUGCUCCUUUGAUUCUGAAUAUUGUGCAUUCUUUUGAAUCCGUUGACAGAGAGGACCAAAUAGACCAAGUUUCUCCUUCCCAUCAAUAUAGAAUUUUAAACUCACCGGUGAAUUUUCCUUAUAAAAGCUCAAGUGAAAGGACACUGUCUCCGCUUUUCCCUCCUCGAAGUGCAUCUCCUCUCAAAACUCCAGCUCACUCAACUCAAGUCUCUUUCACAUAUGAAGAAAAGACAAGCCCUUUAAGAGAAGAAGUUGUAUCCCCUACUCAGCCAAUUUCCAAUCCUUUGGGGAGCCCUAACUGUGUUAAAAGUAGAGGCAGAUUCCCCAUGAUGGGAAUUGGACAGAUGUUGCGGAAGAGGAAUCAGACAAUGCAGUCAACCACUGACAAGCCACUGGAAACAAGAAUGCCUCCGUUGCAGCAAAUGAAUCCCGCACAGAUUUCAUUCAAUGCAGUGGAUGCUGUCAAUGGUCCGUGUUAAUCCAACACUCUUGAUAGCAAGGAUUUGCACUGCUGCUUUCUGGGACUUGACAUUUUUUAGAAGAAGGGAAAAUUGCUGGCAUGUUACUCUCUAUAUAAUAUAUUAUAACAUACAACCCAGAAACAGUCCACUUGUAACAUUGCAAUGGGUUCUUUUAAUUGAAAUUGAAGAAGAGGCCCUACUCGGGCUGUUAAGAAAAUUUAACAAAGGUGACAUUCUUUGACAUUUUAGAGACUGUACAGUGAAAUGUCUUAAAAGAUGUACUGAAAACUCUACUUCAGUAGAUAUUUUUCCUGCCCUGUUCAAAUGUCACAUUAAGAUUUAUGGUAUUGAAAGAAUAGCAAGCAUAGCAGGUUGUUGCAACUAUAUUAUCUGAAUUAGCCAUUGGCUUUCUGGUGCCAUGAAUGCUGGUCUUAACCUGAACCAGUAGUAAGACUACAAUUGCCCUUUUGUCUGUACUCUACAGUACAUUGUACUGUCACAGGCAGUGCUGAUGUGGCUCAAGAAGAGGGAAAACUAGAAAUUGCAUUUCUGAGACCAAGGUGUGCACCACUAAUUCAAGAACAGGCUUCACUGAGAAGGAAAAACAGAUCAGUGAGACCCUGGAAAAAAGCAUGAGUGCUAAACAUUCAGAACAAGUGAAGGCACUGAUCAGCAAAGCAGAUUUUACUGUUAGUCAUACAAGCUAGCUAAUAGUGGAAUCAUUUUUUUCUUAAAGAAAAUGUUAAUUUACUAGGAGAUGUUAUUGAAAAGAAUCAUGAUUAUUUAAAAGCGAAUUUCAUCAGAUUAAAUUUUCCCUCUAAAUUCAUCUUGCUUUCAUUACAUGGAUCCGCAAGUGGAUACUUAAAACAGAGAUCCUAAACGCAACAUACUGUGCUUGAACAAUCCAGUCACUUCUUAUUUUUGUAGUGUAUUAGUUUUGUGGAACACUUCUUUAGAAAAUAGAAUUAAUCCUUGUUUUAACAAAACAGCACUGGACGUACUUGAAGGCUUCCCUGGGAGACUGCAGUGAAAUAAAAUGUUAUUCAGGACAUGUCAGUUAGUACCAGUGUCAUUACAAACUGCAAGGGGGUAAUGCAGUUAGUACCAAUAUUCAGUAGUGAUCUGAGCUAUGAAGAUUUACUUUCCUAACAGGCAACAGGUUCUACCCAUUGGGGGGGUUUUUUGAGUAAAUGAUAUAUCUUAAUUUGGUGGUCAACAUUUUGACACCAACUUUUUUGCAAAUCAUUUGAUGUAAAUGUAGAGGGUUUAACCAAAGACUAUUCCAUGGUCUAUCUGUACUGUGCUAAGGUAUGAGUUGUAUUUACAGGACUGUUUGCUACAUGUCAGUAGGAACUUGGCUUCCCGCUGGGUAACCCCCAGCUUUUCCCCAUUGAAUAGUUAGUGGGUUCUAAUGUCUUUUUAGAAAGUAAGGCAUCAACAAAUAGCAAAAGCAGUUGGCUCAGGAUGGGUGUGGGAAAUAUAGGAGCCUUCAUCUCAAGAUCAUCAUUUUGAAUCCACCCCAUAUCUUCAUGGGCAUUAUUAUUUUCAUUUGCAUUAAGCACUAGAGAUCCCACUGAGAUCAAGGCCUCAUUGUGCUAGGAGCUAUAUACACAUGGAAUACAGGAUGCUCCUUAUUCCAAAAAACCUUUCAGUCUAAAUUCAUAUGACAGACCAAGAGUGGGAGAGAAGCAGGUUCAAGAAGGUGAAGUAAUUCAUCCAAAACAGAGCCAGAAGUAAAAUGCAGAUCUCUUGAUUCCUACUUCUAUUCCCUAGACCACCCUAUCUCCCAUACCAUUAUUCCAGGCUGAUGGCCUGUGUGAAAUGAAUCAGUAGUUAGCCCAGGUAUACUGAUAGGACAGCUAACCACAUCCCUCAAACAGUCCCCACAUAUUUUAAUACUUAGUGGCAGCAUCAUGGCCAUAUGGUUAGGACAGAAUGGCUAUGGAAAAUGAACUACCUUCUCACAACUAGACCUGAGACUAUCAGGUCAGAGCUGAAGUUAGACUGAGAGUCAGUAUGGGGAAGCUAGUGCUGUUUCCACGUGUACUGUUGCUGAAAUAGGCCAAAAAAUAUAUAUAUAUGUUUUUGUCCCCAUAUAAUCCUAAUGGUAUUUAAAAAAAACUCAGUACAUAAUUUUACAUAACUUUCAAUUUCGUUUGUAUCACUCAUCUUCAUAUUUAAUGGUCCAUUUUACCUCUUUGGUUUGUCACCCACACACUUACCUUGUUUUAAAACAAAAACAUAUUCACACUAAGAACCCGAAAACGCUUGAAUUCAAAUCCAGUGUUGUGAGAAGAAUUUACAUAACAUCCUGUGCAUGCUUCAGACUUGCAUACAUAAUUAUGUUGCAAACACUAACUUGAACUAUACACUCAGGUUUAUUUGGAACCCAAUAAAAGGUUGGGGGAGGCAGAAAAGAGAAGUGUAUUUUUUUGUGAACACACAGUAAAUAUAUGUAAGUAUCAGAAUGAAAACAGAAAUGUUAAAUCUUUUAUUAUUUUAUUAUAUUUAUAUAGAAUAUAUGAGUAUCACAUUGGUAAACAUAAAUAUGUAUCCAACUUAGCCAGCAGCUACUUAUCAGUCUGCAGUGACCAUAUAAAGAAAUUACAAAAAUGUAGUAGUGUAAAUUCCAGGAAAAAAUCUCUGAUCAUUUUGUCAUUCUUUAGCAAAAAAUGUAUUUGUUAUCAUUAUUAAAUAUAUGUACUUUUUAAAUGAGA